CUUCGUGAAGAAAGGUUAUAAACGUUGAUGUCAACAAAGAGAUGAAUUUUAGUGUCACCAUUUCUUACAAUGCGUCGACUUUAACAAUUGAGGAGGAAUACAUUGCAAUUAAUGAGCAGGACACACAAAGACAAAUCCUCUACGAAAACAUCUUAAGACUAGAGAAUGGUAGUGGUGGCAGGAGAACAUCAAGACUUUAUUACAUACAGGAUUAUCCAUUCCCUGAUUAUAGAUUAACCAAAGAAUAUGUCGACAUUGGUGCAGAUGAGGAAACACAUAUACAGCUUCAAAAAAGUCUAUCAGAAAAAAUUAAAAUAGCAACUGCGAGGCCAAGGAAACUAUCAGUGUUUGUCAACCCUAUUGGCGGACAAAGAAGAGGUAAACAGAUAUGUGAUCACGUAGUUGUGCCGAUUUUUACACUAGCAGGGAUAGAGGUAGAUGUUACAGUGUCUGAGAGGUCUGGGCACGGAAAAGAAUUUGCAGAAACAUACGAUUUUAAAUCAGUCGAUGGGUUGGUCAUACUUGGCGGAGAUGGUACUAUAUCAGAAAUAUUCAAUAGUUUGAUGAGGAAAACCCAGAGCGAUGCUGGUGUUUAUUUAAAUGACCACAACACCACAUUACAAAAGAUGGAAUUGCCUAUUGGCAUCAUACCAGCAGGCACAGGUAACGGUUUAGUUAGCAUCCUUCAUGGAUGUAAAGAUGUAAUGACAUCUACAUUACAUAUUGUCAAAGGGAGAAAAAAAUGCUGUAAUGUUACUGGUAGUUAUAACGACGGAGAUCUAAUUGGUUAUGGGGUAUUCAUAGCUGCAUAUGGAUUAUUUGUGGACUUGGCUGAUGACGUACACAGGUUUCGUUGGCUUAAAAUAUUUAGGAUCAUAGCCGUUCCUUUUUACUACAUGUUUCUGAAGAAACUGAGGGAGAUCAAUGUAGACAUCACAUAUGAAUCUUUAGAUGGAAUACUACAUCAUUCAAAGGAAGACAAUAUUGACUGUCAAGGUAAACAAAAGAAACGUUUAAUUAAUCUAUUGGCAUUGAGCUAUGAUCUAGACUUUGAAGACUACCAUAAAGAUAAACAGCCGGAGAAGAAAGAUCAAUUUGAUUUACUUGACUAUACACCAUGUUCACGAUUUGAUUUGAUGAAGCAUUUUUAUAAUCUGCUACAUUUGACCAAAGAACAUCUCGACAGCGUUAAUUUUAUUUCCCACAACAAGGUCAAAGCCUUUAACCUUGAAGUCACAGAUGACAAGAAUCCAUCUGAACAAGAACAAAAUCUGAGAUACAAUAUUGAUGGUGAAAUUUAUAACAUAAAAACACCAAACCUUUACGUGAAGUUACAUCCUAGAUGUUAUAAUGUCUACAGCUCGUACACAGGACCACUGCGAUGGUCGUAAUAUGUAAUACCAGCCACGAGUGUCGUUAAGUAUUCGUGUAGUGAUGGAUAUAUAUCUGUUUGCGCAAAAAGUAAUACUACAUUCUAAGAAAAAAAUAUAUGUAUUAUUCAUAAAUAACAUUGUAGAAAAAUAAUUUUGUAUUACGCAUAUUGUUUAUUAAAUUUGGCAUUAAUAUUGUUGAAGGGACAAUUAUAAGAUAGAAUCGCUAUGAUGUGAGCUUGUAUCAAACUAUAAAUUAAUUUUGCAUGUCAAUUUAUAUUUUUGUUCCAAGUGAGUUUAGUGUCAGAUACAUUCAUCUGGUGUAAAUAUAUUCAAAUAGUUAAACAAUCAAAUGAAAAAUCGAAAACGAAAA